AUGAUGAUGAUGACUACAACGAUGGUGUCAUUAGCAGUCGCACUCGGGUCAAUCUCGCCUUGUUUCGCCGAUCAAUCCGACGGCGGUGACGAACAAAGGCCGGUCCAAAAGCUUAACGAAAUGUUAAAUCACGCGCCGGCGGUAAAACCACUACCGUUCGCGCAAUCACUGUCCUCGUCGAACACAAAGACUCCGUGUAUUUGUGGCGUGUUUCUGAGUAGCCAAAUCACAAAGGGAAGUAAAAAACAGCCAACCGGAUACGCCGCGUUGUUGCACGAACAAGACGAAUCAGCCCCCUGUAAUGCUCUGGGCGUGAAGACUUGCACCAACAAGUGUUUGGAAAUUAUCGCAAAACACUUGCCAAACAGUCCGGCGAUAAUCUGCGGUUCGGUCGAUCGUGACGUGUACAAGGAACGGGCCCAUCUAUUCGUGAAAAACUGCAACGACUCGUGGAUUAACACGCUUUUGUCCACCGGCAAAGAGUUUUGUUGCAAGGACGGCCAGCAUUACAAAUGUCCUGUAUUAUAA